GGAAAGCCAUGGUCCGUCACAGCUGUUACGGCUCUUUGUGACGCAACCCGCUCUUCACUUGAGCGUGGCUCAUCACCUGCCGCAACACUGUACGACACUUUCCUGCUCGAAAUGAAGUUCUUUCUGCUUUGCGCCGUACUUUUCACGGCUGAGUCCAACAAGGUCAGCAGGUCCUUGAGGAGCACCGCUUUGAGGCUAGACGCUACUGUGGCUACAGAAGAGUCCGAAGAGAAGAACCCUUGCCCUGACGACCUGGACAACCACUACCCCGACAGCCUGGACCCCAAGUACACCAUCGUGGGCAAGAACAAGCUGGACUCGAUCUGGGACGUGGAUAAGCUCCGCGAGGCCUUGUCCAAAGAGGAGCGCUGGGUCAUUGGUGAGCCAUGGCUCCUCAAGGCCACUUUCACGAACAACGGCAACGUCCCGCGGAUGUUCGGCUUCCAAGCUGGUCAAGACAAAGGUUUCAUGAACAUCCUUGUCCCUGCCGGCUGCGUUGAAUGCACCCUGUCCUCUUCGGGACCUGUCUUGACCUCCGCACAGCAUGCGGAGUACUUGUACCGUGAUGAGAAGCCCUUCACCAGCGGUGAGGUGACGAUGUCCAACAUCUGCUUGACGCCGCAGGUCUGCAAGAACUUUGAGUGCCCUCACCCUCAGACGCAGAAGCUGAAGCCGGAGUCCUUUGGCUUUUCAGAGGCCGCCUGCUGCGAGCCCAGGAAAUGCAGCGAUGAGGUUACUUGUGCACCAACGACCCAAUGGGAGCCUCGGAAGGACUUCGACACGCGCCUGGGCUCCACUCCCCAGGGCUGCUGUGUAGCCAAGUACUGCCCAGCAGACCUUUGCGACAACAUCACUGGCUGGGACAAGAAUCCUGCCACUGGCUUGAAAGGAAGCACGAAGGAGGAAUGCUGCAUUCAGAAAGAAUGCUUGGACUGGACUUGCUCGGAUGUCCGGAUCAUGCGGAAGAAGCCCACCAUGUCGGUGGAUCCGGCCACAGGGAAGAACAUCACCGUGAAGGGUUGGGGUGAUAUUGAGUGCUGCGAAGAGAAGAAGUGCAGCGAGUUCGAAAUCCAGCCGGAGCUGAAAAGCCACUGGAAGCUCAAGGAGAAUGCCGCCGAACUGACCGGCAACGAGCUGACGGAAUGCUGUGACCCCCGUCUUUGCGGCGACUUCAGUUGCCCCAACAACACGCAGUUCCGGCCGAAGAAAUCCAACUCUGUGCUCACAGGCAGCACUGUGGAGGAUUGCUGUGAGAACUUGCUUUGUAGCACCUACACCUGCAGCAAUACCACGACCAUGCAGAAGAAGGUCAACGCGAACCAGCGCCCAGGAUCCACGGAUGAGGAGUGCUGCGAGUUGAAGUUUUGCAAGGAUUACAAGUGCAGGGACUCCAGCAAGUGGAUCCACAUCUCGGAUCAGCUCGGUGUGACCAACCUGGAUCGCCGGGGGAGCUCCGACGAGGAGUGCUGUGAGAAGAUCCUGUGCCGUGCAGAGAUCUGCAGUCCUAGCACCAGUUGGAAGCCCAAGAAAAACGUGGAGGAGAUCCUGGGUAGCAGCAUGCGAGAAUGCUGCGAGCCGGUUUACUGCGCCAACUUCACCUGUGACACGGAUGACGAUGGGGAUGGCGAUGGCACCAUGUGGUACAAGAGGGUGGACACCAACACGUACAAGUGGCAGGGCAGCACCAACGAGGAGUGCUGCUUGCCCAAGUACUGCAGCCAGUACACCACGUCCACUCCUACACAGUGGAAGAGGAAACCUCAGAAGGAUGUCCAGGGCAGCACGGACGUGGAGUGCUAUGAUCAGCUCUGGUGCACGGACUACUGCUGCGUGGGUGCUGGCUGGGUGAAGAAGCCUGCGCCGGAGACGCGCCCAGGCAGCACGGAUGAGGAAUGCUGUACUCGUGCUGAUCUGCCGGACCCGUCGAGCGUGGGUCUGGUUGGAUCGUGAAAGGCCCUGCACCCAUGCUUACGCCCAAAGACGAAGAGUCUGUGAUUCGCUUGUCUAAGAAGUUGUUCCAGCAGACUUGCACACCAAAGCGCCAACCUGCGGUGCCAUCGCUUCUCUUUCCAAUCGGGUACGAUGGGGACCCGUGUCAUCUCCAGGACACGCAUGUGAAGCAGGUGCGCUGAGUCCGAGACUCUCACCCAGCCGGAAAAAGGAAAGGACCUCGCCAA